GAGCACAAAACACAAAACGGUCUCAAAGAACACUUUUUCUCCCUUUCUUAAUCUCUUCUUCUUCUUCUUCAAGUCGCCCUUUUGUCGUCCCCUCCUCUCCCUCUUCUUCUUCUGUCCAUUUGGAGUUCAUGUUGAUCCACAAGAUUUUAGUGCUUUUCCUGGCCCUUUCCCAUCUCCUCUCCCCUCUCUCUGCAACAUCAAGAAAUGUGAAGGAAAUCAUGGGUGGUGUUGGUAAAGCACGCCAAGCUGAUGAUGAGGUUUUGAUGAAAGGAUAUGAGCAGAGAGGGGCAGCUGUUUUAGGAAGAGGAGAAGAAGAGUUUGGGUUUAUAUUUGAGGAAGGAAGGGGAAGAAUGAAGAUUGAGAUAAAUGAUUAUGAAGGUGCUGGUCCCAACAGAAAACAUGAGCCAGAUGCCCCUCUUAGCCCUGGCAAUGGCAAUGGCAAAGGAAAUAGAUGAGGAAUCAAUUUAUAUUUAUUUAUUUUCAACUUUUUAUUUUCAAUAAAUAAAAAAACAUGGAGAACGUUUUAAUUAAUUUUAUGUACUAGACACCAGCAUAUGUUGUAGUCUUAUUUCUGUGUAUGUUGGGAAAAUAUUUGUGCCGUCUCGUUUGUGACCGUUACAAAUUAAGCUUUGUAACGUUAAGUCGUCUUCAGUUACGCAUUCGUUUGAAAUAUAUAUAAUUUAAUUGUACGACGUUUUCAAUAUAAAUUGAAUUGGAAAUAAAUUUAAUCAGAUUCC